GAAGGGGAAGAUGAAGAUUGCGUCAUCUUGUCCGCUACGAUUCCGAAAAGAGCGAGGUUGGUCAUUGGCCAGGAUGAGUGCAUCAUCGUCGACGAAGAGGAGGUCGCCCAGCAUUUGUUCAUGGAAUUCUACUCACCACCGCGUGUUUGCAUCCCCCUGCGGCGUGAAGGGUUCCGGGCAUUCUAUUCAUUUGACUUGGACACAGGCUACGACUUCACCGAUUUCGGCGGUCGCGCCCGUGCCUGGAAGUUGCUUAUUCGUUACCGCCCGUUCUUCACCAUGCUCAGCGCUCCUUGCACCAUGUUCAGCACGAUGAUGAAUGCCAACUUCGGCAAGAUGAGCCCAGAAAUCAAAGCCAAGCGCUUUUCGGAAGCCGAAUGCCACUUGGCAUAUUCAAUGAAUGUAGCGACCCACCAGAUCCGCGAAGAACGAUUUUUUGCCCAUGAGCAUCCCCACAGAGCUACCUCAUGGAAGAGGCGCUGUGUGGUGGAUGUUCAAAACCGACCUGGCGUGCAGACCGUCAGCUUUGACCAAUGCCAGGUGAACCUACGCACGCCGGUCAGCAACAAAUUAAUCAAGAAGCGUACAACGCUGAUGACGAACUCAUCAGCCAUUGUACAGCUUUUUGCGCCUUUGCAAUGCACCUGCUCUGAGCCGCAUGCCACGAUCGAAGGGUCUGAAGGCGGUAUUCUGCUGUCAAAGUGGUGCCAGAAGUACACACCUGAGUUUGUGGAUUUGCUACAAAGAGCAGUCCGCAUGGAAGCGGAACAGCGGCGCGCAUGA